GGCAGCCACAGGCAACCGGACUGCUUCACAGGCUGUUGGCAGGGAACUCGACGAAAACUUUGCUGGCUCCAGUGAACAGCACCCGGCAGGGUGGAAAGGUCCAGAAGGAUGCCAAGAGAGAUUCUGGAAAAAGGGCUAUUCUCCCUGCUCCUCACCUCUGCCCAGAGCUCUAGCCAGGGCAACUGAGGUGAAGCCAUGUGGUGGCUGCUGAUCCCACUGGCCCUGUGGCUGAGCACUGUGGGCGUGAGCGGGACUGAGCUCACUGGCGUACAGCGCAGGGGCCUGCAGGUGGCCCUGGAGGAGUUCCACAAGCACCCCCCUGUGCAGUGGGUCUUCCAGGAAACCAGUGUGGACAACGUCACAGACACGCAGUUCCCAGCAGGCACCUUUGUGAGGCUGGAAUUUAAGAUCCAGCAGACCAGCUGUCCCAAGAAGGACUGGAGGAAACCUGACUGCAAAGUCAAGCCCAAUGGGAGAAAGCGUAAAUGCCUGGCCUGCAUCAAACUGGAUCCUGAGGGUAAAGUCCUAGGCCGGAUGGUCCACUGCCCUAUACAGAUGCAAGGGCGACAAGAGCCCCAGGAGCAUCAGGAGCCCCAGUGCAGCAGAGUGGAGCAAGCCGGUGAGGACUCCCACAGCUAUAAGUUCCCUGGACAGUUUGCUUUCGUCAAGUCUCCACAUCACAGUUGAGCCCUGGACUGAAUUUUGUUCCACUUCUGGUACCCAGUGGAAGACCCGCCCCUCCCAGGCAGAAGGUUGCAUCCUAUCCCAGGCUAAUAAAACUUCUCUCCCAGCCUGUUACCUCUAUUCCUUGCAUUGCUCCUCUUCAGCCUAUUCAAGACCAGCUGAAAGGGCAGUGUGUGGGUGUGGGUGCAAGUGUGCAUACAGGUUCUUUUCUUCAGGACACCCAGGAGCCAGCAGAUGGGGUGAGUGGAGCCUCUGGGUAGAACCAAAGGCAGAGGCCUCAAAGAAUGACAGGGAAUGAUACAAAUGG